ACCGCGCAGGACGCCAGCGCGCGCGCCGACGGUUAACGAACAAAAUUCAAAAAACAGUUGUAACUUUUGAUAAAUGAGUUGAAUUAAGUAUAACUUACUAUAAAAUUGUGCGUAUAAGUGAAGUGAAAGACAAGUGUGUGACCUUUAAGUGAAAUGUUUAACUAAGUGCAGGAAACAUGAAUUCAAAAAAGCUGGAAUACUUUAAUGAUAAUGACUCCGUGGAUGAGAAAAUUAAUCUCAGCUGUCUAGGUACCGGAUUGUAGGAGAAACUACAUGUUUAUUUAGCUGCACUACGACAAUUAUUGGAUAGUGAAACUGGCGGCACGACUUGUCCAAGUUGUAAUAUGCCCUUUGAUAAGGGUAAAAAGAGAAAGUUGAUUGACACGUGCGGUCAUGAACGGUGCUAUUCCUGCAUGUUCAGAAACGAAGCUUGCCCUAUAUGCGCCAGAAAAAGUCAAGGGAGGAGGCAAGUCAUGGAGAGGUAUACACCAUCACCACAGCGACAAGUCGAUCAGGAGUGGCAAUCACCGACGCGGCUCCCAAAACCACCGAAACAACCAUCGAGCCUUGCUCAAAGUUGUCCCACACCGCCGCACACGAGGAGAAGAUUUUUUCUGAGUCCCAAGUCAUUGAGAAGUCCUUUUGGUCAACGUAGCAGUCGCCAUUCACAUGAAAACCACGUGCCUCUUUCUGGAUUACCGGAGGAGGGUCCCAGAAGUGCGGCGUGGCCAAGUCUUGUGUUCAAUAAAAUAAGGUCGCUGUGGUCCGCUCAUUCCUCCGUUCCUCACGGACUCAACCAGUUGACAGAUGAUGAAGGCGGUCAUAUCAAGCAAGGAUACGAAUCGAGGCGACAGAAUGAUCUCUACAUGCGUUUGGGAUUGUUGCUGGGGGAGCGACGCGGUUCCCGGCACAAAUCCCGCGAUAGUUGCACGUCACUUGCCUCCUUAGACGCUCACACUUUGGCAUCCCAUAACACCAGUCCUGUAUCAACGCUAACUGGUUCGUCAGAAGUAGAUGCAGCAACUCCUAUUGGCAGGGACUCUCUCGGAUCCCUCGCUUCCAUGUCCUUGUCGGCCGCUAGCAACUGUUCGUCUUCUAGUCCUGGCAGCAGAAGGCACUCUGUUAAUGCGUUGCAAAAUGGUCGGGAAGAAUUGACACGGAUGUCAAGCGGCUUCUUCAAGAACAGGAAGACAGCGGCGAGACGUUCAGCUCGGCUCAGCAACAAGCAAUCUACUACAUCAUCAGAAUUAAAGAAAGUUCACCCCACACCUCAACUCACUCUGCGACCAUUAUUCUUCGAAGUGCCUUCGAGUGAAAGCGAAAAUAUCUUUUCCGGGAGACAUUGGUUAAUUAGAGAUAUGGAGAAGGCAUUAGCGUCAACUUCUUCUGGUAUACUAAUCUCAGGCUGUCCAGGCACAGGUAAGACAGCAUUAAUUCUUCAACUCGUGGAAUAUUCGUGCUUUGGUCGUAAAAGAAACUUCGAAUAUGAGGAGCUAAGAGAGCAGUCAGAUAUAAGAGAAGUCUUGCCUGAAGAAGUUGCUGCAGGAAUGGUCACUCAUCUAGCAUCACAAGUCGUCGCGUAUCAUUUCUGUCAGGCCGAUAACAACAGCACAUGCCUUGUUGGCGAGUUCGUUCACUCUCUUGCAGCACAGCUUUGCCAAGCACCCAGGCUGCAAGCAUAUAGAGAAUACCUAUUGAGCGAACCGCAUCUGUUAGCUUGCCUCUCUUUAAAAGAAUGCAUCGCUGACCCGGAUUUAGCUUUCCUGAGAGGCAUCAUAGAACCACUUAUAAUUUUGCGAAAGAAUGGAAGUAUAGAUUCAACAAACAGCAUCAUUCUUGUUGAUGGUCUCUGUGAAGCUGAAUAUCAUAGACCAGAUCACGGAUAUACAAUCGCUUCUUUUCUAACAAGACACGUGCCCGAAAUGCCGUCUUGGCUAAAAAUUGUAGCAACUAUUAGAACACAAUUUCUUGAAUUGACUAAACAACUACCAUACACAAGACUGGGAUUGGACGAAUCAGACAAUGUGCAUAAAGAUUUGCUAGAAUACUUCAACGCGAGAGUUCAAGCUGCACCCAUAAUAGAAACAAAUAUCAAAAGUUCUACGGGCAAAACCGAAGGCGUACAUAAUUCGGUUAUGAAGUUUGCACAAUACGUUCUUCAUUUGAGCCAAGGAUCGUUCUUGUUCUUAAAAUUAAUUUUGGAUCUUCUUGAAAGAAGCCAUAUAGUUGUGAAAUCAACAAAUUACAAAGUUGUACCCAUAUCACUAGCACAAAUAUUUCUACUACAAUUCAAUUUGAGAUUCCCCACCGUACAGUCGUUUGAAAAGGUGACACACAUUUUAAGUGUUUGCUUAGCUGCCUUGUAUCCACUUACUUUGGUAGAAAUUUAUUAUUCGGUCAACUCUUUACUCGUCGACACAUUCUUACCAUGGGAAGAAUUUUGUCACAGAUUUGAAAGUCUUAGUGACUUUCUCGUAAAACGAAUUGAUAACACUUAUAUGUUUUUCCAUCCAUCGUUCAGGGAGUGGUUAAUACGUCGUGAUGAUAAUGAAAGCUCUAAAUUUUUGUGUGACUUAAGAGCUGGGCAUUGUGGUAUUGCCUUUAGACUAUCGAGAGUACAAGCGCCUUUAGACCCAGAGAAAUCUAUGGAAUUAGGACAUCACAUCCUUAAAGCUCAUAUGUACAGAAACAUGGGACCAGCACAAUUAGGGUUAUGUCCUCGAGAUUUGCAAGCUAUGAUGGUUGCUUCAAGUUCUGCAAACGUCGGUGAAGCUGUUGCUAACUUAAGAAAUAUAUACACUCCAAAUGUGAAAGUUUCACGUUUAAUGCUAUUAGCAGGAGGGUCGCCAAAUCAGAUAACUGAUUGUCUUGGAAAUGCGCCAUUAUUGUGCAUGUAUGCUUAUCAAGGAAUUAUAUCAAUGGUUGGAUUGCUAAUCGAAUUUGGAGCUGAUCUGGAAAUGACAAACUCUCAAGGGUGUUCAGCCUUAUCAUUGGCAUGUCAAAGAGGUCAUACUGAUGUCGCUAGAAUGUUGAUAGCAUCAGGGGCAUCACUAAGUCACACUGAUACAGCAGAGCAGACUCCGCUUGUACAUGCAGCUAAAAAUGGUCAUCGAGAUACCGUAAUUUACCUCUUGGGAUGCCAGACAGGAAAAGAGGACAGAAAUUCGAUAGAAAUAGACGAAGACAAUAUUGAACAAUUAGUUCCCGGUUCUAGACAUGCUCUAAUAGCCGCUGCUCAAAAUGGACAUUUAGAUAUUGUAGAAUAUCUUUUGGAUACAGCAGAGUUAAUACCUGACGGUAUCUGCCCUGUAACUGGUGAGACCGCUCUAACAGCAGCUUGCUCUACUGGAAACGCGGCCAUCGCUGAUGCUCUUCUCAUCCGUGGAGCAACGCCGUACUCUUUGAACGCAAGACAAAUGUCUCCCCUAGCUUUAGCUUCGAAGAACGGCAGAACAGCUUUAGUACUGAGAUUAUUAGAUUCUGGGGCAGACGUUAUGGGAUCUGGAGGAAAGAACCCUCUAAUAUUGGCAGCGGCUGAAGGUCAUGCUGAUGUUGUUGAGAUGCUUUUAGAACAUUGUGCUGAUCCAGAUGCAGUAGAUGCUGAUGGUAUAUCACCACUAGGAUGGGCAAGCCUACGUUCCAGAAUACCGACAAUACAAGUAUUAUUAGACAAAGGAGCUACAAUCGAUCAACCAGACGGUAGCGGUAGAACACCAUUAGGCCUCGCUUGCGGAGGUCCAGCAGAACUAGUAGAACUCUUGUUAGAACGUGGAGCGUCUCUGGAGAGAGUCGAUCACAGCGGACUGAGGCCUUUAGACAGAGCUAUUGGACAACGGAAUGUUCCCGUGGUCAAUUGCUUUUUGAGAAAAGGGGCUAAACUCGGUCCCACGACAUGGGUAAUGGCAUCAGGCAAACCAGAAUUUAUGCUAAUACUCCUAAACAAGUUGCUUGAAGACGGGAACAUGUUGUACCGUAAGAACCGUCCGUCCGAAGCCGCGCACCGUUACCACUACGCGCUCAAGAAGAUAAAUCCGCUCAUCAGCGAUGAAGGGCUAACGACACCCUCCACUCAACCUGUUCCACACGAACACGUGUCUGCCUUUGUGCAAUUAAAAACAAACCUUUUACUGAACAUGUCCAGGUGCAAAAGGAAACUUAAUGAACCAUCAGAGGCCUUAGACUUAGCAGCACGCGCGUCCGUCUUGCGUCCCAACGCAUUUGAAUGCUCCUACGCAAUGGCACGAGCAAUAUUAGCUCUAAACAAACCGUCCGACGCCUUGCCCCACGCACGACGAGCCUUGCUUCUAGCACCUUCCACGGAUAUGUCCGCCAUGAGGACUCUGAAAGCCCUCCAGCAAGAGAUCCUAACAAGAAUCAAUACCGGGACCCACAAUCUAAACGCUGAUACGCGAUCGAUGAGAAAUUUUGAUAGUAUUAGUCUAAACAUGCCGUGAACAUCUCAAACACUCAGAUAACUUACAUAUUGAUCAACUUAUAUAAAUUUUGUUAUUAUAUAAUGACUUGAUACUAGAAUGUCGUUUGUAUUGGCUCCUAUGUUCCUUAAUGAUAUGGUAAAUUAAUCAUUUCGAUAGUAAAUUUUUGUGAUUGUUGCAUUUAGGUUUCGAUUUACGUGGAUUUAAAAAUUAAAAAUGAAAAUAAAAAUGUAUGUUCGUAUUGUGAAUACCGUUCGUUUGUUGAACUAUAUAAUGUAUAAGUCUUACACUAUAUGUAUUGAAUCCGUUGCGUGAAAUAUAUUAUAUGCUUGUAUAAUUUACUUAUUUUAUUAAUAAUAUUUCGUUUUAUAUUUCUUUUGUGUAUAUGUAAGAUCUAAUAUUAGUGCUGGCACAUUCAUGUUAAUGUAAGUGCGAUUAAAAAGUUGUUUUU